UACUAUAUCUUCAACUCUUGCAUACUCUUCCUAAUCAUAUCUUCAACUUUUACAUAUUCUUUCUACUCAUACAUACCAAACAAAUCCAAGUCUCCAUGGGUUCAAUUGCUAAUGAAGAUAGCAACAAACCUCUUCAUAUUGUAAUGCUCCCAUGGCUGGCUAUGGGACACAUAUACCCUUACUUUGAAGUAGCCAAAAUUCUAGCUUCAAAGGGUCACACUGUCACCUUCAUCAACUCCCCUAAAAACAUUGACCAAAUGCCAAAAACACCCAAAACCAUUGAACCAUUCAUUAAAUUGGUAAGAUUGCCUUUACCACACAUAGAGCAACUCCCACCAGGCGCAGAAAACACUAUGGACAUUCAACCAAACAUGAACCGUUUCCUUAAGCAAGCCUAUGAAGGUCUUCAAGAUGAUGUUACUGAGAUUCUCAAAACAUCAAAACCUGAUUGGGUUUUCUAUGAUUUUGCAAGUGGUUGGUUGGCACCAAUAGCUAAAAGCCUCAACAUAGCUGCUGCUCAUUACAACAUAACACCAGCUUGGAACAAAUGUUUCUUUGAUCCACCAAAGGAUCAAGUCAAAACAAAUUUCAAACUUGAAGACAUGUGUGGCCCACCAAAAUGGGUUCCUUUUCAAACAACCAUUCAUCUCAAACCUUAUGAGAUUAUUCGAGCUUUUACAGCUCUUAGAAAUGAAUCAGGUGGAAUAGCUGGUUUUGAUCUCAACAAAGCUUAUUCGAGUUGUGAUCUUUUUCUUCUCAGAACCUCAAGAGAACUUGAAGGUGAAUGGUUGGAUUAUAUCUCUGAACAGUACAAGGUUCCUGUCGUUCCUGUUGGGUUGCUUCCACCAUCUAUGCAGAUAAGAGACGAUGAAGAGGAAGAGAACAAUCCUGAUUGGGUGAAAAUCAAAGGGUGGUUGGAUUCAAGAGAAUCAUCUUCUGUUGUUUACAUUGGAUUUGGGAGUGAGUUGAAGUUGAGUCAGAAUGAUUUAACUGAGUUGGCUCAUGGAAUUGAGCUUUCUGGGUUGUCUUUCUUUUGGGCUUUGAAGAAUCUGAAAGAGGGUACACUUGAAUUACCUGAAGGAUUUGAGGAAAGAACGAAAGAACGCGGAAUUGUUUGGAAGACAUGGGCACCUCAGCUUAAAAUCUUAGCUCAUGGAGCAAUUGGUGGAUGUAUGAGUCACUGUGGUUCUGGUUCUGUUAUUGAGAAGGUUCAUUUCGGCCAUGUUCUUGUGACACUGCCUUAUUUGCUUGACCAAUGUUUGUUUUCAAGGGCAUUGGUGGAAAAGGGAGUGGCUGUUGAGGUACCAAGGAGUGAGGAAGAUGGGUCUUUUACUAGGGACUCUGUGGCUCACUCAUUGAGGUUGGCAAUUGUGGAUGAGGAAGGAAGUAGUUUCAGGAACAAUGCUAAAGAGUUGGGGAAAGUUUUCAGUUCAAAAGAUAUUCAUAAUCAAUAUAUUGAUGAUCUCAUUGCUGCUCUUUACAAGUAUAGGAAUCCUUCCAAUUCCAACAACUAGGUAGACUGAGUUCAUAUCAUGUGUUUCCCUUUGUUAUUGUGAUUUUUGUUUUACAAUAAAGGUUUAUUAGGUUCCCCCUUUUCAAUUUUGUAACAAAAAUGUUGGUUGACCAUCUCUAUAUACGGCACUGUGGUUUACAAAAAAAUGUAUCUCUAGUCAUUCUUCUCCUAAUUUCUAUGUUGGUGAAAUGGCCUGAGAGGAUUGUAUUUGAUGAUCAAGUAUAAACUUUUGCAAUUGCAUAUCUCAAA